AUGGCCUAUUGCGACGACGGUAAUGCGACGCAUACGCUAUCUCUCGAGCAUUUUGCCGUUUCAUUUACCUAGCAUCGUCCAUACGAGGAUUUUCAACUAUACGGCACACAGUCCACAAAUUUGUCGUUUACCACACGUCGCACGUUGUUGUCACUCAUCAAAUCAACCGUUAUUGGUAAGACGCGCAUGUGUUUAAUGUUUAUUUAUUUAAUUGUAUCAAAUGAGAAUGAUUUUUUUCACAUGAUUUUAAUAAAUGAAAUUUUCUCAUCUGUUUUACCUAUUAUAAAUGGUCAACAAUUUAGAAUAUGUUUAAUUUAAAUUUAGCAAUACAUUUGUUUUCAUUUAAAACUCUGAAUCAUUCGUUUUAUUAUUAUUUUUCAGAAAUUCAUAUAACAAUGAGAGGUACAAUAUUCUUCAUCAUAGCGAUGUUUGUAAUAAACGUCAACUCGAAAAGUUUAGUUCCAUGCUACAGGAAGGUUUCCUGGGAAGCAAGGGUUGGAAUAAAAAACGGCGAUAACCUUGCUAUUGAAUGCGAGACACCUAUGUUUAAAUUUUGUUCAAACCAGGGUAAUUAUGAUAAUAUUCAAACCAUAUUAAUUUUAAAAUAAAAUUUGAUAAUAAUGUUUCUAGGUACUUUGAUAAUGAUCUAACGUUUUAUAUUUAAAUAAAUGAUUACAUAUAAUAAUUUAUAAGAAACUAAAAACGUCAUUUACCAAACAAAUAGAUUAAUUUUAUUAGAAUUUUCAUUGAAACGGAAAAAAAUAUACAGCGUUAUCAAUAACUAACAUUCAUAAAUACCUGUACAAUCUAAACAACAAGUGAUUUAUGAAUGUUAAUUUAUUUUUAAAUAAAAAUCCUAUUUUCUCUUAUCGAUGGAAAUUAAAUGGUUUUAAAAUUGUAUCUUGCAAGGUUGGGUUACUGUACAAUUAUUAAUUAUUAAACCUAUAAUAUUGAUUAGGAUUUUAUAACAAAUCAACAUCAAAUUAAAUUAAUAUUAUAACUUAUUAUUGUAUUUAAUAGUUCAAAGUUACUGAAACAUAAUAAAUAUUUUUUGAUAGUUAGUUUUUUAAAUAUUCUCAAAAUGUCUGAAUACAUUUUAAAAAAAGAGCUGAUACUGGGGACGGGUGUGGUAACUACCGUAAGUGGUAGUAGGAAAGGUGGGUUACAUAAAGUUUUUUAAAUUAUGCCUGUAACCAACGAUAAAUCAUUGAUAACGCAAAACGAUUCAGAGCGAAGUACGGGAGUACAUAGUUUGAAAGGCCGCAAUAUUUAUGAUUGUUGUCAAAAUUUGAUUUUAUAAUUCCUACAAGAAAAAAAAAAUGUUUUGUUAAAUUAGUUCUUUUUUUUUUCUUCUAUGUUUGACUUAUAAUGAAAGUUCUAUUAAAUUGUCAAGUAUUACUGUUAAGUCUAACAGUUUAUCUCAGUGUGCCUACCAGAUAAAAUUACGUAAAAAACUCGUAAAAUUAAAAUAUCUAUCUAAAAUAUAGCUCAAAUAUUUUAAAAGUUCUAUUAUGACGUCUAGAACAAGUAAAAAUAAGUUUUCUGUCAACAUUUUAAGUCUUCAUAAAUAUUAUAAAAGAAAUUGCAUUAAAAAAAAAAUUUUAAAUAACAAAAGAAUUAUUUUCAUACGUUUUCCCUUAUUUAGUGCAUUCUUUUUCGGGGUUUCUCAAUUAUUAAAAAAAAAUAUAAAGGAAAUCAAAAAACGACUAUUUUGGUCACCAAAUAGAUAAAAAUUCUAUCUCUUGUUAUUUUCUUUUCGGAGUAAUAUUUAUAGUAGAAAACAUAUGCCAUACAAAUUUUAAAUAAGAAAUCGCUUUGCCGUAAUUUGUAAAAAAUCGUAUGUUUCGUAUUUUUUAGUUUUCCUCGAUUAUUAGAAAAAACGUCUUACUUUGUCAGUGGAAAAAUAUUAUAAGGAUCAAAGUUGAUCGUUUGUUUUUUUGGAUAGGAGCAAUAUUUCUGGUAAAAAACACCAUGUUAACAUAAUAAAAACAAUAACAACUUUAACGCCACGGCGUGCCGUAAAUAUUUACCGUUUUAUCUAUAAUUUUCUUUUUUUUUUCCCAAGUAUUUCGAAAACCCUUUGGAAAAUCAAAAAAUGAUUCCCUGUUGUAUCAACCCUAAAAAAUUACCUUUCAGAAAAAGUACUACACUCUAUACAUUAGAACUAAAUUUCUGGUAGAAAAGUACCAGUCUAUAUUCAUAGACAGAAAAAAAAAAAUAAAUCAUAGUAAAAUUAAUAGAUGCCUCGCUGCGCUUUAAAUUUAAAAAAAAAACUAUUAUACUUCGCAUCAUUUUUGUAGGUGUGAAGUUGGGGAGGAUAUAGAGGAGAAUUUAAUUUAUAUCUAUAAGCAAUCUAUAAAACAUAUCUUACGAAAAAAGAUACAGAGCGAAGUUUGGUUAUACAUGUUUUGAAAGAGUAUAAUAUUUAGGAACGAUUUUUGUUAAAAAUAAAAAGAUAAAUUGUAUUAUGUUGAAAAAAAAUACAUUACAUUUUUUUUGUCCACUAAGUGCUACUUAUAAUGAACUUAUUAUUAAAUUUUUAAGAAUUUCUGUUUAGUAAAAUAAUUUUAGCCACAGUGUAGGUACAUACAGAAUAAAAUUUAUAUGUGACUUUUUUAAUAAAACAAAUAAUCGAUUUGACAAAAAUAUUGUUACGAUUUAUAAAAAAGAUAUUUAAUUGUUAAACCAACAUACUUUAAAAUGUCAUUGUGAUAAAUAAAAUCCAUGAUUAUAUCAAUAAUGCAAAUCGAUUAAGUGAAAAUAAUGUAUUCAGUUAAUGAUUUUUUAUUUUUAGAAAAACAAUACAGUUUAAAUGAUACAUUUAUAAAGGAAAAUUAGUUCAUAAAAUAAAUUAAAAUUAAGUAUUUAAUUAAAAUAAAGUUAUAUUGAAAUAAAUAUUCUGUAUACAAAUAAUAUGAUAAAAGUAAAUACAUAUUUAAAUGGAAUGUAUAAUAUUAAUAACUUAUGUAUUUAUAAUUAAAUAUUUCAUAGAAAUAUACAAAUUAAGCAUGUUUUUAAAUUAUAUCAUAGUAUAUAUUUUUAAUUAUAAACAGUAAACUUCCGUUAAUGGUCAUCUCUUUGUAACGGUCAAUUUUUUGGUCCCAUCAAAUGUUAUAUUGGGAAACCUCUAUGGGAAACCUCUAAAGAAAAGUCAUUAUUUCCAGUCCCUUCGGUUAGGUUAAAUUAAAUUAAACAAAUUAAAUAAUAUUUAAAUUUUUAAUACAUAAAACUAUUAUAAUAAACACCAAAUAUAUGAUUAGGUACAUAUUAAUAUAGAUGCAAUAAACUUAAUGAUGUGUGUUUGAAUAUUAAAUUUAAAUUUGAAAAUAAUUUUUUUUUUGGUAUAUGUAUACCUAAGUAAUGAUUUAAAUUUAUUAUAAUGUACACUUGAUUCUUUUUAUUUCCUAUAAUCGAUUAAAAUAUAUUAAAAGAAUAACUAAGUAUAUAUUUAAACAAAUGUCAAUAUAAUAGGUAUUUAAUACCUAUUUAAAUAAAAAUAUUUAGAUGUUUGUAUAAAUAAAAAAGGAAGGAAAUAUUUACUUGUUUUUAUGGGCAAGGGAGACCAGGUAUACAAUAUUGUUAACUAUUAUUAUUUAAUAACACUAGAAAUUCAAUGAAUUAGUUAAGCUGUAAUUCAUAAAAUUGUUAGCACUAAAAAAAUAUCUUAUUUUCAGUAAUAUCCUUUGUAGAUUCAAUUUCCUCUAAUAAUUUACGACAAUUAAUAUCUUUUAUUUUUUCAUCCAUAAUUUAUUGAGGGAUGACAAUGCAUAAUUAGCUAUUGGCAUUUUUGUCCAAAUUGAGUUAUACACUGAUUAAUACAUUUAAAAAGAUCGAUUGGUGUCAUCAGAUUAAGUCGAAACGCACUAUUUCUUAUUCAAAAUAAAUAUAAAAUAUUAUAAUAAUAAUAUAAAUCAUCAGUUAAAUUAAAACGUACUACUUUUUGAUCCAUAUUGUAAAAACCUUAUCAAGUUGUACAUUAAAUUCAUCAUAUAUUAUAUAUUGGUACCAUUGGGAAAUAAUAUAUUAUAGUCGAUGUCAAUCUGAACCAUCUGAAAAUGUAUUAAUACAUAAUAUUAAACUAAUAAUUGGACUCUAAGUACAGACCUCCCCCCCCCGCUAAUGGCAUGGUAUUUUUUUAUAUUUUUUUAAUUUUCUCUGAUAUUGUCAUCAAAAUUUAUUGUAAAUAUAUAGUACACAUUUUUAACAUUAGGAACAAUAUAGAUAUCAAAAAUAUAAAUAAAAUAAUAGAUGAUAAAUGAUAAUGUUACAAUGUUUAACAAAAUAUCUUGUAGUCCGGCAAAAUAUAAUAUUAGUGAAAAUGCAUCAAAAAUUUUAAUUUAAUAAUACAUUAAUUAAUUGAUAAUAAUUGUGUUUAUUAAGUAAUAAAAUGUCUGUAUAUAUGUAUUUACUCAGAAAAGGGAUAAAAAAUAGUAAUCAAAUUAAUUUUUUUGGACUUCCCUCUCUCCAUGGAUAAAUCCUGGUCGGGGACUGGAAGAGUAUCCAAAAAAGGGAUGACUUGCAGAAAUACAAAGUUUAGGUCACAUAAUAAGGUACUAUCAUAAAAUAAAAUAAAUAUCACUAGUAUCGUGUUAAGUAUGGGAUGGUAUUUUAAAAUAUUAAUGUAAUGUUUUAAUGUUGUUAUAAUAAUUUUUGAUUUCUUAAUAAAUCUUAAAGAAUAAUAUAUUCUUCGCUGAACUUAGAAUCUAAAAUAUGAUUAUUUAUGUUUCAUAUGACUGUUCAUUAACAGCAAUUUUUUGAUUUUGUUUUAGAUGAUAAACAUUUCCUACAUGUUUUGUCUUUGUGCCCAGAGUACUUUACCAUACCAAACUGUACAUAUGAGUGUGUAAAAUCAUAUUUUAAGUAUAACUGUGAUUGUCUCAUAAGGUAAGUAAAGGAACUUACUUUCUUAUUAUUUCUUACUUAACCUACCCGCAUUUUUUGUCUCAGUUUAUCUGUUGGACAACAAGUAAAAUUGCGUUAUUCGGAAAAUAAAUUGUGACUCUUAAGUUUUAAAUAAGACUUAAAUUAAAUAACAUAAUUUAAAGAGAAGAUUAUUUUUGAGGAUACUAAGUUGCUUUUUUAAAAAAAUAAUCUCAGACAUAAAAGUUACAGAUAUUUUAAAAAAGUAUAAAUUAACAUUGCUGUAACAUAUUUUUGUUUUGUAAUAUUUUUUAAAAAAAAAUUAGCACCUAACAUAGUACUCCCAAAAUAUUCUACUUGUUCAAAUUGUGUUUAUGUGUUUAAAUUCAAAUUUCAUUAUUGACUGCACGAUAUUUGUUUUUGUACAAUAAUGUUGCUAUAUUGUCCAAUAGCUAGAUUGAGAUAGAAUAUUCAGGUGUAACAUCUUAAUAUCUAAAUGACUAUGUCAAUAUAUAAUUUUUAUAAAGUAUUUAACCAUAAUUAUUUCUAGGAAAAUAGAGAAGAGAACAUUACCCUUAAGUUAUGUGUAUGACUCUAUUUUGUUUAUGCCUGCAAUGAAAAAAAAAUAA